CUAUAUGUCAUAAACAUAUUUCUGAAGAGUGGUUCGGUAUCCAGUCGUGAUCCUAAGAUAUAUUCAAAUCAAGAUACGCAGGAGAACUUCCCCUCAUAUACCGCAGCCUGUAGUCAGACUUACGCAUCGCUCUUACAUACGCUCGCAACAGAACAAUGUCUCGAAUCUCAACCCUGCCUGCUCCAGGCGCCCCGAUCACGCAUGCUGGACCAACGUCGCAAGCACCUGAGUCAAGACAAACCCCAGACUUCUUUACACAAGUCCCUCCUCCAGCUUGGACUCGAGACACAAAGCCGGAGAAGCCCAGCGAGGACGCGACCCAUGCUAUCGGACCCCCUCCUUUCGAAGAGAAAUAUGCAGUCCCCCAUAAUGCUAGCAGCACACAGCCUACCGCAACCGAGGCCAUGGCCUACAGGAAAGGGGAGAGCAAGAAAAAUCGCGGGAACUGUGGUGAUCCUUGGUGUGGGGUAGAAUGCUGCACCGCUUGCUGUUUGUAAACGUUACUCGCUCCUUGCGGAGGCGCUACUUAGCUGUUGAUAAAGAGAA